AUGGCUCGAAUUCCGAGAUCGGAUAUGAAGAUGAACGCGAUUAGGUCAGGGAUAGUUGUGUUAGGAGCAGUAGCGUUUGGUUACUUGAGUCUUCGAAUUGGUUUCAAGCCUUAUCUGGAAAAAGCUAAAGCUGAUCAGUAUAAUCAGCAGCAGCAGCAUCAAAAUGAGGUUCAACAAUCUGAAUCUGAUUCUGACCCAUCCUCAUCUUUCAAGGAACCCAUUUCUUUCCCUGAACGUAGUUCAUAAAAAUCAUUGCUUUGUUUUGAUUGUGUUUUGUGAAUUAACUAGUUUCACUCUUUUGAUUUAACUGUUUUAUUUCAUUUCAUAUACAUACAUUGGAUUGUUCUCUUGCUUUGUAUGUUUGGAAUUGGUAAUAGUAUUUUUACAUCAUGUAUUUUCAAUCAUGUUAAGUACUAUGCACACCAACUAUUUGUUUAUAUGCAUCUUUGUUGAUAUUA